AUGGGUAGCGAGUCGGCAAACUUUGGCCUCUCCAAUGGCAUAACCGAAGUUGAAGAGCCCGCCCCCAUUCACGAUCAUGGCUUUUUGUAUACCUCGAACCAUGAACCGCCACAGAAUGACCAUAGGACCAGUCAAGUAGAACCGAAUUCCACGCUAGGCCCGCUAGAACAUGUCUUCAUUGAAGAUGCUAGAUCUGAGGCUGAGGAAGAGGGCUAUGAUUCUCCCGCCAACUAUACCAACCUAACCGAGAUUGGUGCCGGACUUCCAGUGGAAAGUCCAGACGAACAAUCCGAAUAUUAA